AAUGAUGCCAUUUUAUUAAUUUCACAUAACAUAAAAAUAUAUUAUUAAGCUUUGCAAAACAUGAUGCCAUUUUAUUAAUUUCACAUAACAUAAAAAUAUAUUAUUAAGCUUUGUAAAACAUUGAAAAGGAGCUUAAAUAAUUCUGACACAAUGCAUAUACCAUAAGAGUGGAUGCAUAUGCACAGUUACAGUGAUUGCAUGUACCCGUACUUAUAUAUUCGAGAAAAUCAAGAUUUUCAAAAUCUUUGAAUCGGAUAAUAAAAUAGUACCCUACAUUUGUUUUUGUUUUUGUUUAUAGAACAUUACAUGUUACUAGGGUUAAGGUUUCUCCGGAUAACAUAGUGCGCAUGAUACAAACACUCUUUACUCUUCAAGACCUUUUAAAAUGUGCCAUACAAACUUUUGAUUGAAACAAUCCAUUAUCUACUAUUUAAGGCAAUAUAUUAUUAUGAAAUCACUUGUUCAUCCCUAGGUAGUCAGACCAAAAUAAGACUGGACUAUCUUAUCUUUAUUAUCCAAACACCCAAUUUUAUAAUAAUAAGCAAAUCAGAAACACAUGAAUCUGAAAGUUUUAUUAUUUAGUAUUAUGAAAUUUGAACGGUACACUCAAUUGUUGUUAAAUCAAAUUUCAUUUGAUAUCUUUUUCUUAUCAAUCUUUAUGUAAUUUUCGACUUCCAUCAAAAUCCACUAUGCAUGAACACAUUAAAGGGUAAAGAUCAUCCAUCGUAGAACAAAGUACACAUCCAGCACCCAGUGGAAUACCAAAACAAAAAAUAAAUAAAGACAGCCAAAAAAGCAAAAGAAAAUUGAAUUAUCUAUUUUAAGAUCCUUUGCCCAUAACUCACACCAAAGAGACAUUUAUUUAAAAAAUAAAAACCAAGAGAGAAAGAGAGGAAAGUCACUAUGUCAGCAUCACGUGUAUGUCUCUCUCUCUCUCCUCCCAAACACAACUCUCUUCUUCUACUUCUUGUCUAAAUCUUGAACUCACAACUAAAAAACAUCUCCAAGAUUUGCUCUCAUGGCUUCCACCACUCUCUGCGACCUCCCUGACGUCAUCUUAUCCACCAUCUCCGCUCUCGUCACCGACUCACGAGCCCGCAACUCCCUCUCCCUCGUCUCCCACAAGUUCCUCGCCCUCGAGAGGUCCACCCGCUCCCACCUCACUCUCCGCGGCAACGCGCGUGACCUCCACCUCCUCCCCGGCUGCUUCCGAUCCAUCUCCCACCUCGAUCUCUCCUUCCUCUCCCCGUGGGGCCACUCCCUCCUCACCUCCCUCCCCGUCGAUCACCAGCCCCUCCUCGCUCUCCGCCUCCACCUCUGCUUCCCUUCCGUCGACGCCCUCACCGUCUACUCCCGCUCCCCGACCUCCCUCGAGCUUCUCCUCCCUCAGUGGCCGAGGAUUCGCCACGUCAAGCUCAUCCGUUGGCACCAGAGACCCUCUCAGAUCCCUCAGGGCGACGACUUCGUGCCCAUCUUCGAGCACUGUGGUCUCCUCGAGUCUUUGGAUCUCUCUGCUUUCUACCACUGGACGGAAGACUUGCCUCCCGUUCUCCAGCGUUAUGCUGACGUGGCGGCGAGGCUCACUCGCUUGGAUAUAUUAACGGCGUCGUUUAGUGAGGGAUACAAGUCGAGCGAGAUCGUUGAUAUUACUAAAGCUUGUCCUAAUCUUAGAGACUUCCGUGUUGCUUGCACGUUUGAUCCGAGAUACUUCGAGUUUGUCGGUGACGAGACUCUCUCCGCCGUGUCUGCCAACUGUCCUAAGCUAACACUCCUCCACAUGGUGGAUACAGCUUCGCUGGCAAGUCCUAGAGCGGUUCUAGGUGGUGAAGCCGGAGAUUCAGCUAUCACGGCGGCGACGCUGAUGGAGGUUUUCUCAGCUCUACCGCAUCUAGAGGAGCUUGUGCUUGACGUUGGUAAGAACGUGAAGCUUAGCGGUGUAGCUUUAGAGGCUUUAAACACCAAAUGCAAGAAGCUGAGAUCUUUGAAGCUAGGACAGUUCCAAGGGGUUUGCUCCGCCGCAGAUUGGCGGAAGUUUGACGGCGUGGCGUUAUGCGGAGGGUUGUUGUCGCUGUCUUUAAAAAACUCUGCCGAUUUGAGUGAUAUGGGUUUGGUGGCUAUAGGGAGAGGAUGUUGUAAGCUGAGUAAGUUUGAGAUUCAAGGGUGUGAGAAUGUGACAGUGAAAGGGCUUAGAACUAUGGUUUCACUGCUUAGGAAGACGUUAACUGAUGUUAGAAUCUCUUGCUGUAAGAAUCUAGAUGCAACAGCUUCUUUAAAGGCGGUUGAGCCUAUCUAUGAUAGGAUCAAGAAGCUGCAUAUUGAUUGUGUUUGGUCUGGUUCAGAGGAGGAAGGUGGAGAAAGGGUGGAAACAAGUGAGACUAAUGAUGAUAAUGAUGAUGGUGAUGAUGAUGAUUACGAGAGGAGUCAGAAGAGGUGCAAGUACUCAACAGAUGAUGUGAAUGGGUUCUCCUCUGAAGACAGAGUGUGGGAGAAACUUGAGUAUCUGUCUUUAUGGAUCAGUGCUGGUGAGUUUCUAACACCACUACCUAUGACAGGACUAGAUGACUGUCCUAACUUGGAAGAGAUCAGGAUCAAGAUAGAAGGAGACUGCAGAGAUAGACGCAGGCCUUCUGAGCCGGAGCUAGGACUAAGCUGUCUAGCUCUCUACCCAAAGCUCUCAAAGAUGCAGCUAGACUGCGGUGACACGAUCGGUUUCGCCUUGACCGCGCCGCCUAUGCAGAUGGAUCUGAGCUUGUGGGAGAGGUUCUUCUUGACUGGAAUUGGAAACUUGAGCUUGAGCGAGCUAGAUUAUUGGCCACCGCAGGAUAGAGAUGUUAACCAGAGGAGUCUUUCUCUUCCUGGUGCAGGUUUGUUGCAAGAGUGCUUAACUCUGAGGAAGCUUUUUAUUCAUGGAACGGCUCAUGAGCAUUUCAUGAACUUUUUGUUGAGGAUCCCAAACUUGAGAGAUGUGCAGCUUAGAGAAGACUAUUAUCCAGCUCCUGAGAAUGAUAUGAGCACUGAGAUGCGAGUUGGUUCUUGUAGUCGGUUUGAGGAUCAGUUGAACAGCCGCAUCAUCAUUGACUGAUACUAAACAGUGAGUUACUCCACACUAUAAUUAUAUUAACUUCAAGAACUAGUCAUUUGUUUUACUUUGAAUGUUAUGUAUGUUUUUGUAAAAGGAGAGAUAUGAUGUAUACAUUUGCAGUGAUUAAUAUUUUCAGAAAUGGUAUAUCCAUUUUUUUAUAUCGAAA